AUGGAUGUACCUCCCAAAUUUGUUAAGUGGGACAUACAAAACCUGCAAUCAUCAAUGUGCAACAUAGAUGUUUCUAGUAUGACACCAGUGAUUGCGAGUAUUGGAAAUAAAAAAGAUCAGGUGCUUGAAGAUGUGUGUGGUGGAUCGGCUACUGCGCAGGUUGUUGAAGAGGUGUGUGGUGAACCAACUACUGGUUGA